AUGGCAGAGCUGUAUCCGUCGCUUGCCCAGUGCGCCGUCGUGGCCACGGCGCUCAAGGUGCUACUGUUUCCUGCAUACAAGUCGACCGACUUUGAGGUCCACCGCAAUUGGCUAGCUCUAACCCACUCCCUGCCCAUCAAAGAGUGGUACUAUGAAAAAACUUCGGAAUGGACCCUUGACUAUCCGCCCUUCUUCGCCUACUUUGAGUGGCUCUUGUCUCAAGCCGCCCCAUAUGCUGACGCUGGCUUGCUCAACGUGAAAGACCUGGGCUAUGACAGCUGGCAGACCAUUUACUUCCAGCGCACUACCGUCAUCCUCACUGAACUGGUUCUCGUCUACGCUUUGCAUCUCUAUGUGAAGACGUCAAAGUCCAAAGUCACAGCCCAUGCUGCUGCUCUCUCAGUUCUCUUGUCUCCAGGACUCUUGAUCAUCGACCACAUCCAUUUCCAGUAUAAUGGCUUUCUCUACGGUAUCCUGGUAUUGUCAAUGGUCCUUGCACGCAACAGCUCUACGCUUCUGCUAUCUGGCCUUCUCUUUGCUGCCCUCCUGUGCUUCAAGCACAUCUAUCUCUAUCUCGCCCCGGCCUAUUUUGUCUAUCUCCUACGUGUUUAUUGUCUGGGUAAUCACUCAUCGUUUCCCUACUUCAACAUCCAGUUCUUCAACUGUGUCAAACUAGGAGUCGGCAUCAUUACGGUAUUCGCAGCAGCCUUUGGUCCGUUCGCACUAUGGGGUCAGCUGGCGCAAGUAGUCAGUCGCCUGUUCCCCUUCUCCCGCGGAUUGUGUCACGCCUACUGGGCGCCAAACGUUUGGGCAAUGUAUUCCUUUACGGACCGGGUGCUGAUCUACUUGGCACCACGGCUCGGACUGCAUGUCGACCAGGAGGCAGUGAAUAGCGUAACGCGAGGUCUAGUUGGAGACACCUCCUUUGCUGUGCUGCCCGACAUAGUUCCAUUGACUUGCUUCCUCCUCACGCUCGGAGCGCAGAUACCUGUUCUUCUCCGACUCCUCUUCAAGCCUACCUGGGAAGCCUUUGUCGGCGCCGUCACGCUCUGUGGCUACGCAUCGUUUCUCUUCGGCUGGCACGUCCACGAAAAGGCAAUUCUGCUUGUCAUUAUUCCCUUCAGUCUGAUAGCGCUCCAAGAUCGCAGAUAUUAUGGGGCUUUUCGGCCCUUGGCUGUUGCCGGUCACGUGUCGUUGUUCCCGCUACUGUUCACUGCAGCCGAGUUUCCCGUCAAGACGGUUUAUACCAUCUUUUGGCUUGUCUUAUUUCUGAUUGCCUUUGACCGGCUAGCUCCAGCAUCACCCAAACCUCGCAUAUUUCUGCUCGAUCGGUUCUCUUUGCUCUACAUAACGCUUUCGAUACCUUUGAUUGCGUAUUGCUCACUUGUUCUCUUCAAGCGCAAACCCGUCAAGCUUGAACCCCGGCCCAAAAAUCUCGACGAUAAUGCCGAAGUGUGGCAUAUCGAGCAGACUGGAGAGGUUUUUGUCGACUAUGAGCGCUACCUCGAACGGCUGGACUUCUACCAACAGGCAAGAGAACCACACUUCACAUGCCAGGCGACUGGGCAUUCCGGUUACACUUAUUUCGAGGCCCAAGAGAGCGAGGUAGGCUCCACGUCAAUAAUCGUCAAGGCCGACGAGGAGGUAACAUCCGUGCAGACGGAAGCUUCCAAAGAGAUCAAUAGCAUCUUCCCUGAUAGCUUGAAGUCUCCUGUUCUUCACUAUGUCCAGUUUCAGGAUCACGAGCGCAUAGACGACCUAGUAAAUGACGUUUACGAUCAUUUCAAGGAGCAAUUCAUGCUGCAUGACCGUGUAUCUAUCGAGGGAGAUAAUCCACGCCGAUUUGGUACAAUCACUCAGAUUACAGAUAACAGUCGAAUGCACAGUAUGUUCACUGGCCAAUCGAUGGACGAUAACAUCCGGACGUACACUUACGUAAUCACCAUGGAAGACACUGGGGAAAACGUGACAAAGUACAAAGCUUCAGACCUCCACCGAGACAAGAAAACUUUCUCAAAGCUUCUUCUAAAGGCCUUUCUUCGUAAUGCCCUCAAACGUGAGGACUGGCUCAAAGCCCCAUGGAUGGUCAAAGACAGUUUAGCCAAGCGCUAUGAUAUUCCAACCAAGAUCCCCGAUAAUAAGACACGGGAGGCUAUAAUCGCUGCUAGAAAGGCUGCUCACGGCAUACCUAACGGCGCCACACAGGCGGUUCAACAGCCGUACCCACCGCACGUAUCAAACGGUCACAGUUCGCACAUAAAUGGCCAACGGCCACCUCUUCCUCCCGGACCAGGCCAGCCCACAUUCGUCAACUUCUCUUCAAAUGCACCUCCCUACCCCCAACAAAAUCUGCCCCAUCCUUUUGUGGCUCUGAAUGGCCCUCCACCGCAGUACUUGUUCAAUGCGCCGCCGAUGUACAAUAACGGGCCACAGCCUAUCCAGACCUUUGGACAGCCACAGCAGGUAUUAUCCAAUCUCCCGGCGCAUCUAACUCCCCAUCUGAUGCAGAUGCCUCCACAGGGAAAUGGUCAUCCAGUCAAUUUUCCAUUUCAAACCACAUUUCCUCAUCAACAGGCCCCCAGACCCUCGACUGUUGCACAGCCGCAACAAGCACCUCCACCAGCUCGCCCUGUCGAAUACAUCAAGUACCCAUGCGAAGAUCUCGAAAUCAAGCAUCCCCGUCUUCAAGUAAACAGGCCACCUUUGAAGUUCUUCUCUGAUGAUGUACCCGAUGGAGUCGAGCCUCCACCUGAGGAAAAGAAGACGGGUAUUCUGAUGAAGAGCAUUGGCCCAUUGCUAUGCAUUUGGGAAACGCUCAACGUCCAUGACACAGUCUACAUGCUCGACUCUUUCACGUUCGACGACUUCGUCGAUGCCAUGCGCUUUUCACACGAAACAGUUGAGUGUGAACUGUUUGUUGAGAUGCACUGUGCUAUAUUGAAGCAAAUCAUUAGCGAGUCAGGUAAAAUUCAGAGUUCCUUGCCAAACAUGGAUGACGACUCGUCGGAUGAGGAGUCCAGCAGCGAGUCAACCCCGACUCCUGAGCCUGAGCCACCAGUUAGGACUACCCGCAGCAGCUUGAGGAAGUCGGGUGCCGCACAGCUACUUGCAAAACAACGCACGCCCACACCCGAACCACCGAAGGAGAUUCAUAAGGCUGCAGAAUUUGUCGCAGAAUUUGACUGGAUCGAACAGUGCAAGGUGCGCAACUUCACCGAGGGCGGAUGGCAGUCCAUCAUCGUAGCCUUACUCCAUCGUCUUUCGUUUGACCCUGCCAGGAAGGAGGCUUGUGAUGAGAUUCUUGCGCAAUUGGUCCCGCCAGAGGAGGAAGAACCCACUACCCUCACCAUUGCCGAGAAUUACAACAACCUGGAUGUCAAUCUCCGCAUCUCGGCACUUGAGAUGCUUCUCAGCUUGACUGUUGGCACCGAGAACUUCCGAGAUCAACUCACUGCCGCCGCUCAGGAGAUGACUCGUCUGCGGAAAGAGAAGAUUGAGUAUCAGCGCAAGAGGAAGGAACUAGCCGAUGAGCUCUGCAAGCUGGACUUGGAGCGAAAGAUCCAUCUGCCUGAUAACACUCCCGCAUCGCCUACUGAUGCCAAGGCGAGCGAAGAAGCAGACGUAUCCAUGGUCAGUGCUAAUGAGGACACCAAAGACGCGGUUGCUGCCGAAACCAACGAUGAAGAUGAUACCACUGCUUCCAAAACAAGAACUCGUCCAUCAAACAAGAACAAGCGCAAGGCUGCCGCCGAAGAUGCCCGCAAAGAGAAGGUGAAGAAGGCAAAGGCCGAGGCCGAGAGGAACAAGAAACAAAAGGAAUGGGAAAAGCUUCUAGCGGCGAUCGAGAGAAAGAAGGAUGAACUCAAGGACUGCGAGGCCAACAUCAACGAACUUGAUGAUGACCUCCGUGAGACCUUGGUGCACCGCAGCAAGAUUCUUGGCAAGGAUCGAUUCCUCAACAAGUACUACUGGUUUGAACACAAUGGCAUGCCGUUUGGUGGUGUCCCGAACAGUUCUACUGCUGAGUAUGGCUACGCCAAUGGGCGAAUCUGGGUACAGGGUCCUAGCGAGUAUGAACUGGGUCCGAAUCUGGAGGAGCCUGCCCUCACUCAAGACAUGGAGCGUUUCGGUUACACUGUCCCUCAGCGCAAAGAGCGCGAGGAAGGUUCUACGCAUCUCUCAACGGCUACUGAGUGGGGAUACUACGAUGACCCCGAAGACAUUGACAAGCUGUUAGCCUGGCUAGAUGAGCGCGGAUUACGGGAACGUGCGCUGCGUAAAGAGCUGCAGGCUUUCCGUGAUCGCAUUGCAAAGUACAUGCUGAAGAUGCAGCAACAUCUACAAGAAUCAAACAAGCCUGAGGAGGAGGAAGAAGAGGACGAAAACAAGCCCCGGGUGUCGACGCGAAACAAGACCCAGGCCGACGAGGCCCCCAAGGAUCGUUGUCUCCACUGGACCAACAGCAUCAUGCGCGACGAGUUUGGUUACAACCACUUCGAGGAGUAUGAGCCACCUAAGAAGGGCAAAGCGAAGACUGCAAAAGCGAACAAGGCUAAGGGCCGUGGACGCUAA